AUGAUCACCGCUGUCAACCGCCCCGCCGUCCGCACGGUCCGCGCCGCCGCACCAGGUGCCGGCACCGCGGCCGUGCGUUUUGGUGCCCGCCGCGUGGUCCGCGUGCAGGCUUCGCCCGAUCCCCCCAAGAGUGCCGCCUCUGAGAAUGCGGGCGAGCGCGUCGUCAAGGACAUCAGUGACUCCCGGGUGCCUACCUCCGCACAAGACGUCGGCCCGGCGCUCUUUGAGGCGCAGCCCCACAUGGCCUCCCACUACAAGGCGCCCAACUGGCUGCCCGCCUUCACCCGCCGCCGCGAGAUCUUCGCGGGGCGCCUGGCCAUCCUGGGCUUUGCUGCCGCCUGCGCUUUUGAGGUCCUCACCCCAGACCACCUCGGCCCCAUGGGCCUUACCUCGGCUCUCACCGGCUGGUCGAUCCCCACCGUCCAGCUGCUCUACACCGCGUUUGUGGGCCAUGGCCUGCUGGCGCUGACCUGGCCAGGCAGCCCCACAUUCGCAGAUGCUAACAUCCAGGACUACAUGAAGUGCGUUGGGUGA